AAUUGGACUAUUGAUCAGAACUGAGGCUCUCAACUAUACCGAAUCGGGCAACAUACGAUAUUUAGCAGAGUUUCACAUCAUCAAAACCUAUCAUGGCCGGAACCCAAUUCGCAUCAGAGUCCGUCGACCGCUUCUGCUACCAGUAUCUCCAACUCGAGCCAAUACUUGAGUAUCCUACCGGGCAGAUCAUUCGUGAACCAUCCGCCCAGGGUACCAUUUACAAGAAACUCUUCUCGGACGAAGCACCACGUUAUAGCCCUCCUGCAAGAUAUCGUCUCCGGGUUCUAAAGGAACUGGUCGCUAGGAUAGAGUCUAGUAUCGAAGACUGGGACCAACAUGAAGUUUCCGAGGAUCUCAUAACGGCCUUGUCCGAAUCUCUCGCAACUCCAGUCCCGUCCGAGGUGUCCUCUGCUCAGCAGAAAUCAUACGUCACGUAUCACCUGAGUGGUCUUGAGCAGAGCCCCCGGCCACAGCAUUCGCCUCCUCCUGACAUCACACUGCUUGAGGCCCGCUCGCUGAUCUCUGCCUCUGGCACCACGGGUCUCCGAACUUGGGAAGCCGCGCUGCAUCUCGGACAGUUCCUUUGCGAAGACCCAAAUCUCGUCAAGGGAAAGCGAGUCCUCGAACUUGGAGCAGGUACUGGAUACCUGGCGAUCCUCUGCGUCAAACAUCUCGGCGCCGCGCACGUCGUAGCUUCCGAUGGGUCUGAUGAUGUGAUCAACAACCUACCGGAGAGCUUUUUCCUCAACGAACUCCAAGAAAGUACCCUCGUCAGGCCAAUGGAAUUGCGAUGGGGGCAUGCUCUCAUAGGGACAGAGGACCAGAAGUGGAACAACGGCGAGAGCGUUGACGUUGUAAUCGGAGCAGAUAUCACCUAUGACCAGAGCAUCAUCCCGGCUCUUAUCGCGACCGUCGAGGAACUAUUUGCCUUAUUUCCUGCUGUGCAGGUUUUGAUAUCCGCGACGCAGCGGAACGAGGUCACGUUCGAGGCCUUUUGCAACCGUUGCCGUCAGCGCGAUAUGGGCUUGAGCUACAUCGACUUUCCUAUACCACCGAGGGAAAAGCAAAAUGGGCCAUUCUAUAACGACAGUGUACCUAUUCGGAUUUGCCGACUCUCAGCACCGCCAACCGCUAGGGCGCUGUGGUGAGGCGACACGUCAGGCAAGGCGUGAUAUCUUGGAUGAUCACCACGCAUUUCUAUCAGCUUCUGCCAUUGAUCAUGAAACAAAUACUUACACAUCAAACUGAAUCCCGUAGAUUUGUAUACGGGCUUUGUCGAACACGAGAAGGCACGCGCGCAUUCUGGUAUAACACGAAGUCCAGAGCACCAUGACAUUUUUGGAGCGAGUUUGCCUUCGCAUGUUACCACUUACCGUGUUGCUUAGUGAGCGGCAUUAUGACAAGCAGGCCGUCGUGUAAGGUGCAGCAAAUACUCGUAAA